AUGCCACAGGUGGUGGGCCCGCUGCUGCAUGAGAGGGACAUGUAUCUGGCGUGGUCCCUCAAGCGCUCCAAGGCGGUCAACGGCAGCCGCUGCGUUGUGGGGGUGGUCGGCAAGGGGCACCUGCGGGGGGUCCUCUACCACUUAGUCACCCCUGGAUCCAGCGGGAACCUGCGCUUCAGCAACAAUGGGCCUUUCUUCACUACUAACUUCGGUGUACCAAUUGCCAACAAUAACGCAUCUCUCACUGUCGGAUCGCGAGGCCCUGUGCUGCUUGAAGACUACCAGAUCUUGGAGAAGAUUGCGACUUUUGACCGUGAAAAGAUUCCCGAACGCGUGGUGCAUGCCAGAGGCGCCGUAGCGAAAGGGUAUUUCGAGGUGACGGACGACAUCACCGCGCUAAGUUUCGCAGACGUCUUCUCCGAGGUCGGCAAGAAGACCGACAUCAUCGUGCGCUUCUCGGUCGUGACAGGCCCGUCAGGCUCGCCGGAGUGGCUGCGCGACCCUCGUGGCUUCGCCAUCAAGUUCUACACCCAGCAGGGCAACUGGGACCUUGUCGGCAACAACAUCCCUGUGUUCUUCAUUCGCGACGGCGCGCAGUUCCCGGACCUGGCCCAUGCUCUGAAGCCCAGUCCAGUCAACCACCUGUCGCCAGGCUGGCGCACCGCCGACUUCCUGUCAUACCACCCGGAGAGCAUGCACAUGGUGACUUAUCUACUUGAUGAUGUGGGCAUACCGGCAGACUACCGCCACAUGAACGGCAGCAGUGUCAACACAUACUCGCUCAUCAACAAAUCCGGCGGAGUCAACCUCGCCAAAUUUCGCUGGGUGCCCUCACAGGGUGAGAAGUAUCUAUUGGACGAGGACAUUGGCAAGGUGGCCAUGGCACACCCGGACGGCUCCUCUGCAUCUUCAGAUCUCUACACAGCCAUCGAUGCCAAGGAGUAUCCGGAGUGGUACCUGUACAUCCAAACCAUAGACCCCUCUGCGUCGACAACCCUCGCAUUCGACCCCCUGGACCCUACCAAGGUUUGGCCGGAGGAGCAGUUCCCAAUGCGGCGAGUGGGAAAACUGGUGCUCAAUCAGAACGCUGGCAACUUCCACAACGAGAACGAGCAGCUCGCAUUCUCGCCUGCCCACAUCGUGCCAGGCAUUGGGUACUCGGACGACAAGCUGCUGCAGUGGCGGCUGGUGGCUUACGAUGACACUCAGCGCUACCGCAUCGGCCCCAACUUUGGGCUGCUCCCAGUGAAUGCACCCCGCUGCCCGGUGUACACCACUCGCCAGGACGGGCCCCUAAACAGCGCCAAUCAGACCGGGGCCGUCAAUUACUACCCCUCCGACUUUGCGAGCCAGCCGCUGGCGGCACCAUACCCUGUGGACAACAGCAGCGUGGGGCCGGCAAUGCGCGUGCGCACAGUCAUCGACAAGACGGACAAUUUCUCGCAGGCCGGCGCGCGCUUCCGCUCCUUCGACUCGGCGCGGCAGGCUCGGUUUGUGAAGCGGCUGAGUGGGCUGCUGAGCUCGCCCAUGGUAACAGACGGCAUCGUGGCUCGCUGGAUGUCCUACCUGCAGCAGAUGGACAGCAGCCUGGCCUCACAGGUGUCCAGCUCUGUGGGGAGCCCCAAAGCCGCGGCCAGCCCCGCCCUGGGACCGGCUGUGAUGCAGAGCUCGACAGGCCGCAGGAUGGCGUAA